AUGAUCAAAUGGGUGUUUCAGGGAGCAAAUGACCAGGUGUUUUCGAUUGGUUGGCAUCCAAGUAUGAGAAACGUGCUGAUUAUUUGUGGCAAAGGACAUUUCUCGUUUUGGGAACUAGACCUCAAGCACGGAACCAUCACCAAAAGCUCGGCAAUUUUCGAAGUUGUACCUCAUACAACUUGCUCUAGAAGUAGGGACAAGCCACGAACUGUGCUCUCAAUGUGCUUUGCUGAAACAGGUGACGUAGUAACGGGUGACUCGAACGGUACUCUAUCACUUUGGGAUCCAACCUCGUAUAAAGUAAAGAAGCAGGCGCAUGGAGUUCAUCCGGGUGGUGUUUUCGCUCUUUGCAUAAGCAAAAAAGGUACUUUACUCAGCGCUGGCAAAGACAGAACCAUUGCCGAAUGGGAGACUACGGACUUCGUCCGUAGGCGAAGGCCUAUAGACCUUCCCGAUGACGCUGGAACUCCUCGUGUAAUCUUAAACCCAGAGGGAAACAAAAUCAUUGUUGGAACGUCACGGAACACAUUGUUUUCUGGUGAUUUCGAGACGGGCUUCAAAGAAAUCGUUGAUGUGAGUUUUUGA